AUGGGUAUUAAUACUGGGCAUCGGGCCUCUCCAGUAAAGCCAUGCUUUGAGCAAGAAAGCGCCCUCGCAUCUCCUGCCAAUACACUGCCAAACGAAAUCAGCCAAUAUGGUUAAGCUGAUUCGAGUCCGAUUCACUUUGCACCUCCCUUUGUUACUCGCUCUGGCAUCGUUGAGCUUUGCUGUUGUGGACAAAUGGACUCCAGAGAGCUUCAACUGGUCGGCUCUUGAUCCUGGCCCCCGAGAGUCAUGGCAAGGCCUGUACCUGAACCACAACGGUACCUCGGCGCACAUCAAUGCGCUUGCUACAACCACUCUCACCGACGUGAGGAUCGCAGAUGAUGGAUCCACCGUUUUAGUUGCCCCGUGGCUGAUCGGUCUUGCCUGGCAUACAUUCAAUCUUGCUCUGACAGGGGCCGGCCUGGCGAGUACGAUCAAAACUUGUCAGCAAAACGAGGGUCAAGCAGACAACAUCUUCUACUGUGUCACGGGGCUACUCAGUACCAUCAUCGGAGUGGGUGGUGAGGUUUCUGCAGCAAAGAAAUUCCUCCAGAACAAGGGAUACCUAGGAGUCGCUGCGAAUGCUUGGAUGCAAUCUGGGCUGGAACAGAUCGAUAUGCAUGUAUUUGGGCGCGACUUGGACGGGGUGGACAUGACGCCCCAGAAAGCUCAUAAUCACUUCGUCCACAGAGCUCUGCGCAGUCUGUCGGUGGAUGACGAGGUGGACUUCGUGGGCUAUGCACCCGAUUCACACAAGUUAGCUAGGCGGGGCUCGUCAGUCCAUCCAUUAGCGCCUAUGUUCCGCUUCAAUCAUCACAAAUACGGCCCAAUGGAGCUGACCUCUCGCGAUACGGGGGAUAACGGUGUGCAUUUUACCAUCUCCUACGCCGGCCAUCCCACCCACCACGCUAGCCAGGAGAAGCGCGACGAGUUCUUCCGCCACGAGCGCCUGGAUCAGCAUCUGAUGGAAGCGCGAUUCGAUUCGGAAGCCUCUGGGGCUGACCCCGGAGAUAUCUCCUUUAAGGGUGCAGAAGCGUUUGGCAAAAUCGAAAAGCAGGUGGAGUGCUUUGCUGGGACCGAGUGGAAUGAAGGAAAUGUGUUGUCGGUGCAGAUGUAUGACCAGGCGAAUAAAGCCACCUUUGGGUUUGCAUCCAUUGGCAUCUUUCCUGAUGACAGUGUGGAUUCGGGACUUAAGGACUUCGGGCCGCGGGGCUUGCCGUUAACUGGUGGGCAGGACUGUUGAAUAUUGGGUACUCGGGAUGUGGUCCCCAGGUAACAGAGGUCGGUUGUAGGGUUACAUUGAGUGCAAGGUGCGGAAAAGUGUCUUGGGAUAACUCUUUGAAAUGCGGUACUUUGACUCACUCUUA